AUGCCGCAACCAGACUUCAGCUGUAUCAUUUUCGCAGAAACCUCCAGACUCUCCUGCAGACGUCCAAGGAUCCCUUUGAAGCAGCACUUCGAGUACCGCUAUGCCAUCUUCCAUUCCGAAACCGAUGACUUCAUCCGGUGGACGAAGGAGGGAGAGGAGCCGCUCUUCGCGGUGGCGACAGGUCGCACGCUGUGUCUGGAAGACGACAACGGCCGCUGCCGUGCCACAGGCGACGACGAAGCAGGGCAGAUGUCGACGGUCGCCUCUCGGGGAGCAUCCCUGGCCGCAGAAGCGAACUCGGGCAGCCGACCUCCCAGUCCCUCGGGCUACCAUGGGAGCCAGCCAACAAGCCCGAGAAGCCCAGCAUCCCCGCGAUCUGGAAGCUGCUGGAACGUGCGUUCAAAGUCCAUGGACCUGACGCAGCUGUGUGACGUCACAAGCGAGGACAGCGCCUUCUUGGUGUUCCGAAGCCUGCCAGUAGUGGUCAAGCGAGCCGAGAAUGGGGACUGGCAAGUUGAAAAGAUUAGCCAUGGAGCCGGAACUGCUUUGCCCCUGCUGAAGCACUUCACGCAGACUGGGGUCAACAAGCCUCCGACGGGUGAAGCCAUUGAUGUGUCUGUGAAGUUCAUCGGGCACCCAGGUGUAUGUGUCAGAGAUGAUGCGGACAGGAAACAGCUCACAGACCUCCUGGCAAAGCAUUCCUGCAUCCCGGUUUUUCUCGACGAGGAUGUCGUGCAAAAGCACAACUUCUUCGCAGAAGACUAUUUGUGGCCCGUUUUUCACAACAUGAAGAUUUUCGAUGCGACCAUCACCGGUGACCAUGAGUACGAGUCCUUCGACAAGGCACUUUGGAAGAGUUUCCUAAACCUGAACAACGCGUACGCGGAGGUGAUUACCACGCACGGUGAUGAGAACACGCUUGUUUGGAUCCACGACUACGAGCUCGUGAUGGUCCCCCGCUUCGUCUACCACCGCAAUCCAGACUUCACCACUGGUCUUUUUCUCCACUGUGCCUUUCCUAGCACCGAGGUGAUGAGCUGCUUGCCCGUCCGAGAGGACAUCCUCCAGGGCAUGCUGAGCAGCAGGCUGGUGACUUUCCAGACCUUUGACUACCUGAGGCACUUCAUGUCCUGCUGCUCCUCAGUGCUGGGAACCCGCCACUCCUUUCAGAAGGGUGGCAUCCUGCAGGUUGAACACGAGAAUCGGAGCGUCGUGGUCUUUGCUGAUCACUUCACCGUGCCCUACAACCAUCUAAUCAAGAAGAUCUCUGAUGAGAAGGUUGUUGAGCGAGCGGCUUCCAUCCGGAACCAGUUCAAGGGCAAAACAAUCAUCGGUGCCUAUGACCGAUUCGACUGCUUCAGCGGGCUAACGCUCAAGCUGCGCACUUUCCACCGUUUUUUGCAGGAGUAUCGCUCGCACAGGCGGAGUGUGGUUCUUGUACAGUACAUUCGUGGGCGUGCCACGGACUCGAAACGGAAGGGCAUGGUGAGCAUUGAAGAGCUUCGGCAGAUGGCGGACGCCACCAACAAAGCCUUCGGUGUGGAAGGGGAGCCACCACUGGUCACCAUCGUUGUGGAGGAGACAACAAGAGAAAAGCAGCUUGGAGUCCUCUUGGCGACAGACAUUCUGCUGGACACCUCCACGAACGAUGGCUUGAACCUCAUUCCAUUCAACUUCUACGCGGCGCACUCGCAGGACCAGAAAGGCGUGGCGUUGAUCUCCGAGUUCUGCGGCUGCUCCUCCGUGUUAACAGGUGCCUUCAAGAUCAAUCCUUGGAACACCGGUGCUGUCCUUACAGCCCUGGACCAGGCGAUCAGUAUCACUCCGGAGGACCAGGCUUUGCGAUUCACCAAGGACCACUCCUAUGUCUCUUCACAGACGCUCGUUCAGUGGGUCCACAAGAAUCUGUCUGAACUGAAGGUCACCAGGAAUAGCAGAGACCUGACGUACCGCGCAUCCAUGGCAGGUCCAGUGCACCUGCCUGCGGAGGAAGUCGCUGCCGCUUACAAUGCCGCAAAGAAGCGCGCAAUCUUCCUUGACAACGAGGGGACUAUUGCAGCCAAGCAGAAGUGGCAAAUUGAGUCGACCACAAUGGUGGCAUUGCAGAAGCAAGGACAGCCCCCGGACCCCUACGUCGUCGACCUCCUGCAGACCUUGGUCAACGAUCGCGGGAACACCGUUGUUGUCCUGUCGGGUCGCAACAAGCAGGUCAUGGAGGAGUGGUUUGGAUCUGUUGACGGCCUCGGCCUCUUCGCCGAGCACGGCUUUCACCGGCUCCUUCCGCGCACCCUCCGCGAGGCACAGCAGCAGGACGGAAGCGAGCGAGCAUGGAAGUCCUCGGCUAUUGCGGACAACAACCAGGAGUGGAAGGAUCUCUGCAUUGAGCUCAUGAAGCAAUACGUGCAGCGCAUUCAGGGCAGCAUCCUCGAAGCAAAGGCGUGUGCCAUUUCCUGGAAUUACCGUGAGGUCGGUGCCACAGGAGUCAUCGACGACGUGGCUCUUGAGCUGGUGCGGUUCCUGGAUCCGGAGGUGCCCACGGGACUCCUUCACGGAUAUCCCGUGAAGGUCAUCAUGGGCAAGGGCUACGUGGAAGUCAAACGUGCAGACGUCGACAAGGGCCGAGCCGUCAUUAAGACCUUGGAAGAGCUGGGCAACGUUGACUUCGUCCUCAGCAUUGGUGACGAUCGAUCCGAUGAGGAUAUGUUCGAGGCGAUUUCGGACUACUUCAAGCGGAACGGGGACGGCUCUGCUGUGCUCUCCGCCAACCCUUCGCAGAGCUCGCUGCGACGAAUCGGCGCUGGCGCUUCGUCGAUGGCCUCUUCGCUCGACGGUCUAGCCCCAUCGCCCAGCGAUUCGCCCAAUCUCUCUCCGAAGGACAAGAAGGCCGUUCGCUCCGUGAACUUUUGCGACAAAGGGGACGGCACGACCUCAGCACCCUCGCAAUCCAAUCUCUACCGCAUGUCCUCAUCCACCUGCUGGUUCACAGCGACUGUGGGGCGCAAGACCACACAGGCAAAGUCGGGGCGCAGAGGGAUGACUGGAGCCUGCCAUGCUUCUUAG